UGAUUUUUUAAGUAAAUUAUUAUUAUUCCGUUGAUAUUUUGUUUUCGAGAGUGUAGCAUUUGAUGAGAUAAGAGCACAAUGAUUGUGGACGUUUUGCUACCGUCAGAGAUCGCAAGACUUGUUUACGGAUAUCUGUUGGAAGAAAAGUGUACAGAGUCAGCAAAAACUUUUUUAAAUGAAUCUCAGAACUUGUACGAAUGUCGUAAUUUUUUACAGUUUGGGAAGGCUAUCCCAAGUCGUAUUCAUGGAUAUGCAUUGUUGAAUAUGUUGGAAACAUUUUGCUCAAUCAAUUCCAUUGUACAAGAUCAACUAACUCUUUUUGAUAGUACACACAAAAUAAGAAAAUGUAAUGAUAUUAUUACUCAAAUAAAGUUCCUAUUGGAAGAGUGUAGAAAUAAGACUCUUCACAGCACAAGUGAACCAGUUCAGAGCAUAAAUACAGUUGUUAAUGGGACCCCUUCAAAAAUUUAUAAAAAACGUCAUUCUGGUAAAAAUGAAAAUGAAUCAAAUGUAGCAAUACAAUCUGAUGAUGGAUAUCAAACUGAAACCCCACCAGAAUCUAGUUCAUUACACAAUAUCUCAUCAGUAGAAGCUACACCACUUGAACAUUUACCUGGAUAUACUGAAAAUUUACAAAAUACAAAAUGUGAGACAUCUCAGUCUAUGACAGUCAAAACUCCAAUAAAAACAACAAAUAAGUUUAUUCAAAGUCAACAGAUUGUAAAAAACGUUACAUCUCAAGCAGUACAAACUUUAUUAAAAGAUGCACAAACACAGGUUCAUCAAGCUUCUCAAACAGAAAAGACAUUUCAAUCUCAAGAAGUGCAAACGUCAAAGGGAGAACCUGAUAAAUUAGUACCUAAGUUAAUUGCAAAUAGUAUUCUCAAAUUAACAAAUAAGAAUCAUAAAGGAUUUGAAGAAAAUCUAAAUAGAUUGACCACUGAUGUUUCAGUGAUUCAUGUACAGAAUAAUUUAUCCAACUUUUUUGAUCCUAAAAAUUUAACGCCUGAAACUAAUUUAUGUAAUGAUUUGGAAAAUUGUGGCAGUGAUCAAGAGGUAAUCAAUUUAGAUAACAAUGAAGAUCAAAACUAUCUGGAAUCUGCAAGACAAAUCGAUCCAGGAAUUAAGGUAUCUGAAGCGUGCAUUGAAAUCUUGGAAGAUGUGCAAUCUGAACUUCUGAGUAGGACAGAAAUACAUGAAAAGAUAGCCAGCAAUAUCAAUAAAUCAAUGAAACAUACACAAUUACAAUCUAUUCAAGAAAGCGGAAGUGACGGGACCGCUUCGUUUAUAAAUGAGCUAGAUAAAAUAGUUGGAACAGCUGUAGAUAUAACUGAAAACGAUCCAAUGUUCAUUGAGUUGCUCAACUCUGUUAUUCAACUUGAUGACCAUAUAUCGAGUUCGGAAGAAAUUGAAAUGGAUAUUGAUAAUUGUCAAAAUCCUAAUUUUGAAGAAAACAUUUCUAAUGAAAAUGUAACCAUUGCGGAAGAAAUCAAUCAAUCUAAUCCACAAGUUAUUAAUACUGAUAGUAUGAAUAUAACUCCAGUCAUAGAAAGCGUACUACUUACUGAAAAAUUAGAAAUGAUUAAAGAAGGCACCUCAACUCAAAAUACAAUCGUUCUUGAAUCCGUUUGCGAUGGGAUAUGUCUGGCUAAUCAAAAUACUACAUCUAACCAUAUGCUAAAUAAUGUAGGUCUGGACGAGCAAUGUCCAGUUAAUGCAAUGCAACCAUCAUUUUUUGACAAGAAUUUUCUAAAUUCUUCAGAGUUUUCAGACCAUAAAAGGUCUACGCCUCUGAAACUUUUUACAGCGACACAAAAUUAUGAUAGUAGCGAGUGGUUUUCAACUGAACCAUUAUUUUUGUCGAAUACUGUUCCUAUCAAAGAAUCCAUAGUUGUAGGCAUGAAUGAUAUUCAAACUGCUACUGAAAAUAUCGUGAGUCCUGUCGAUAGUUUUAUAUCGCCAAUUAUCAGCAAAGAGAACAUUAAAAUAGCGGAAAGAACAUCGUUAAUUUGUACAAUUGAAAAUUCUAAAACAGAUGAUACUUUGCACACGCCAGACAUUCCAUCAGUAACAAAAUCUUUCAUUCCAAUUAUGCCAGUUCCAGUGCUUCCAGUCAUGAACGUUCAAUCAGGGAACAAAGCUCUUGAUUUACCGAAAAAUAAUGACGGAGAAAACGUACCUUCAACCCUUCAAACAUCGCCGAGAUUUAUUAGCAUAUCGUCGCUUGUCAAAAAUACCGAAUUCAACAGAUACUUUAGCAUUGAAUCAAUUACGGUUUCUCGAAUGGAAAAUACUGUCAAUAGUGUACAAAAUUCACCGACAGCACAAGAAAUUGAAGUCGACGAUUCGGUUGAAUUUACAGAAAAAAGGUUUUCUCCGUGUUUAAAAAUGUACAAAAAAACUGAAGAUAACGCAGAGUCUGAAAAAAAUAAAAGUAGUAAUGGUACAGCAGUCAAUAAAAUUGAAGAUUUUGAAGACUGUAAAAUGAAAAAUAUUCAGAAGGUAAUGUUAAACCCUGUUGUCAAUCCAUCAGCUAAUGAUAUUGUUGCACAAACUACUGUAAUUGAAGAUAAAGAAACUUUAGAAGACGUACUGAUUGGUGAAACUAAUAAAAAAAUUGAAAAAAAUGAAGACGUAGCGUCAAAAGCUCAAAAAGUUGAUAUUAACAAUGAUAUCAAUGGAGAUUCUACAUUCAAGGAUGUAUCAAACACAGCUAAUAAUAAAACCAAUAACAAGGUAGAAGAUGAUAUAGAACAAAUUAUUAAAACUGUAGUCGGCGAAACCAAUCAAAUAAAUAAAUGUAGUGAAGAAAACAGUUCAGGUAUGACAAAUAAAAUUCACAAUCAGAUGAAUGUUAUGACUAAGAAUGUUCCAACAUUAAAUCAAACUGUAAAUAUAAUAAAUAUUGAGCCAAAAGAUCAAGUAGGAUCAAAUAAAAAAGAAUCACUGAAAAGCUUGAUCUGCAAAACUUUUGAACCGUAUAUCGACAAAAAUAAAGAUAAUAUUGCAUCAAACUAUAACAACGAAGUCUUAACAAGAAAUACGCCAAACAUAUUAGUAGAGGAACCGGCAAAGAGUCAAAGAAGGAGUCUAUCCACACCGAAAAAACCGAAUAGUCAUAUAAGGGCUCUAACUUUUGAAACACCAAUUUAUUCACGAUCAGAUAGUAAAAUUAAUGAUAUAACUCAAUGCGCAUCGUCUGAAUCGGCAAAAAGAAAUUUGAAAAGGUUACACGAGUCUUUUCAGUCGCCGCCUGUCAUUCAUUAUGAUACUGAUAACCAAGUGCAUGACAGUGGAGUUUUACAAGCAUCGACAGCAGUAGCUAAUAUAGUGGCUGAAAAAGAAAACUUGGGGGCUGAAAAGACAUUUGGCGCAGAUGGACAGUUAUCAAAAGAGAAAGACAUGAAAAAAGAAGAUACUAAAAAAACAUGGGAUUGUGAUUUAAGAAUGCUUUGUCAUACGUUAGAACCACCGAUAGUAGAAAUACCUGAAAGAAAUUGCAAAAUAAAAUCUAAAGAAGAAGGUUUCAUUAAGAAAAAGAAAAGAGGUAAAUUUAAAACACCACGCAAUGAGAAAAAAAGUCCAUAUAAUAAAACAUCAAAAAUGAUCGAAAAAAAGACGCCAAAGAAGAUGAAAAAACAUGGCAGAACAAGCGAGCAUAAAGAUCACAAAAGUAAGGUUGGCAGAGAUAAAAAUACUAAAGCUGAAAAUAAAUUGUCUGCGAAAGAAUGUAAAGACAUAAGCGCUCAAAUCGAGAACAAUUUGUUGUCUAACGAUAAAACUGUGAGUAAAGAUGAAAUCAAUAAGGUUAGCGAUAAAUUGUCUACGAAAGAAUGUAAAGAUAUAAGCGCUCAAAUUGAGAGUAAUCUAUUAUCAAACAAUAAAACUGUAAAUAAAGAAAUUAAGAAGGUUGAUAAUAGAUUGUUUGUGAAAGAAUGUAAAGAUACAUGUUCUCAAAUUGGUUGUAAUUUAUUGUUAAAUGAGAACGUUAAAGUUGAAAUUAAGAGCAAAGAUAAUGAAAAAUUACCCGUGAAAGAGAACACAAAUAUUUGCAUAAAAAGCAACAAAAAUUUAAUAGAAAACCAAAACAAGAAUGUUAUAAACGAAGAUAAAACUAAUGUGAGAUCAAAUGAGAAUAAGAUCUUGCUUUACAACCAGAAUAAAGUCACUGAAAAUGAUGGGAAGAAAGUUCGUAAUAACGAUAAAACGAAUUCGUUAUCUAGUAAAAGUGAAGAAAAGUCUAGUAAAUUAGAAAUCCAUUUGAAUAGGGAACUAAAUAAUGAAGAAGUUAUAAACAAUGUGAAUAAAAAUCAGCGAAUAACAAUGGAUUUUAAAAAGACAGAAGUAGUUUCUAACAUAAAAAUAAUUUCAACUCAAUCCGAAAGUAAGAAAUUUCUACCAAUUGUCUCUAAAACAACCACAAAGAAAGAUUCGCUUGAGUACCUUUUAUCCGAUAGUGUCAACGACGACGAAGCCUUCAACGAUAUGAUGGAAACGAGUUCCGCGAACAUACGGUAUCACGAGAAGUUGCCAGAAGUCGGAAAGUCGUUCGAUAAAAACAUUGUGGAAAAAAUGGUACAAGACGAACAAGCCAUUGCGACUGUUUUGAAAGAAGCAGAUAAUGCCAUUAAUAACAAGUAUAAAUUAAAUGAACAAGACUUUUUCCCCGAGACGAGUUUGAUGACAGACGUAGAUGAGUCAGAAGAAGAAAGCGAGAUACAGCAGGAAGUUGUGCCAUUAAAGAAAGAUGAAAAAUUUAUCGAUAAGAAGAUUGUAGAAGCGAAUAAUCUGCAACCUGAUAAGAAAAACGAAAACCAACAACAAAAUAAAAAACACACCAAACUAAAUGAAACUAUUAAUAAGGUUCCAAGCACCUUAUCAAAACGAACAGUAGACUAUGACUCGAUCGAAGAGCAAUUGAGCAUUCUAACAAACACGGAAGUAUCAUCUGCUCAUAAGGUGAUCUACGAUCAAGUACACAAAAUAGAGGAUGGCAAAGUUGUAAGUAAAAAGUAUGCUCGCUUGAAAACUAUCGAUACAAAUUUAGCCACAAGCAAGAAACUGACGUCAAUGAGCAGCCACAAGAUAGCGCUUGAUUCGUCAUCAUUAAUAAAAGGUGACGACUCGAUGGAAAUGCCACCAACUCCACAAAUCGCUGAUCCUGGUAGUAACAGUUGGAUACCUUUAAUUAAGGAAGAUUCGAGGACUAUUUCAUGUUCUAUAUCUACGCCACUCGAAUGCCCACCUACCCCAAAGAUCUUUAUUACACCGCAAAAAGACGAGGAAAAGACUAUUACUCAUGUUGUUCUUCAAAAAGCGAAAAUUGUUCCAUCCUAUCAUUUGACGCCGAUAACUUUUGAAACCACGAAACAGCCAGAAGUCACAGAAUUCAAGGUAGUUAAAGAACUUCUGAAGAAAACGUCACCAAAAAAUCCCAGCGUGAGAAAAGAAGAAGAAAGUAAAACUGAUACCAAAAUGUCAAAAUUCAUAGAUUCAAGUGACAGGGAUGAAAGUUCAUUUCGCUUGAAUAGCGAAGACUCUGACAGUUCGUCAUCGUCCGAUAGCAGUGAUUCUUCGUCCUCGUCGUCUGAUGACGACGACGAUGGUUUGAUACAAUUUCCAGUGCUCGCAAAGGUGAAAGAAGACACUGAAGAAGUUAAUUCAAAUUUCGAAAAGAAACUACAGCCAUUUAUUUAUGACGAACAUAUAGUAGCUGGAAACGAGAUCAUGUUCGUUGAACAUGAAGAGGUUGUCAUAGCACAAGAGUCGUCGCCUACAAAAGUAUUUUCUAUUCACAAAACCGACAAGGAGCUUGAAGAGGUUAUUAAAGAGACUCCAGCGAAAGAUGAGAAUAUGAUUCCCGAGGAAGGAAUUUUCGAGACACCCAACAUCUCUAGACCACUAGACAAUCCGACUAAUCUUCAUGCGAAAAUUUCUCAAAUCAUGAUUUUAAAAGAACAAGAAAAUAGACGUCUCGAAGAUCAGCAAAAGUUGAAAAUAAGCAAUAGCGCGCAGUGUUCGCCAAAAGAUGAAUUGGAUAGUUACAAGCCACAAGUAAAAUCUGCAUCACAGGUAAAAAGUGUGAUGAUUGAGAAGAGCGAGGUCGAGGUAGCUAAAGCAAUAGAGAGUAUUACCAACGAAAAAUUUAACGAGAGUCAGGACGAAUUCAAUGUAAGUAAUGGAUGCACUAUUUUACCAGAGGUGGAACCAGUCGACCGGGUAAAAAAAAGUGAGCUCACCAAAGCGAUUCAAAGUAUUACUAACAAUAUUAAAGAAAAGAGCAACGAAUCAUUGAGCGACUAUGACAAUAGUUGCAUUGGCGAAUCAAAUCUCGAACUAAUUUGUAAAGAUAAUGAGGUUAAAUCUGUGCAUUGUGAGCUUAAUAUUGAAACAUUGGCGGACGAUUCACUUGGAUUUGAAAACAGCGAAAUUCAGAACACCGAGUUUCACAUCAUUUUUAACGAGGCAAAUUAUAAGAAAAAAAGGAGAACAGAGUUUUUCACUGAUGAUGAGAUGACAUUUACUCCGGCAGACGAAGACGGCAAUAUAUUUGCUACAAUUGCUCCUACUUGUGUCGAUAUUUUGCUUAAUCUUGUACCUCCUAAGAAAAAAUCAGGACCGAAAAAGAAAAUUAAGGAAGAGGUCAAGGAAGAGGAAGAGGAGGAAUUCGAUGAUGGGGAUUCAUCAGAAGAUUUUAUACCUACUAAGAAUACUAGAGGAGGUACAAAGCGUAAAAAGUUGACAGAUCAGCCUAAAUCAAGAAAACGAAAAAAGAACAUGUUUAUAUACUGAACAUCGGAUACUGACAAAUAUUAAGCACUUAAGGUAAACCCUAAAGACUAAAGUUAACAUCAUAGGUAGUACACUUUUAAAAAUACGGAGUAUUAUUUCGUGAGUUCUAUCAAUAAAAAGUUUUAUUGCAUCAUUAUUUUUAUUUUAUCAAAAUAAAGCUAGAAUCAAGUCACUUAAUGUCAAAUUUAAAAUAUUUAAUCAAACCAGAUGUUAAG